AUGAGCGCGGUUUCCAUUCAGCAGUCGAAACCCGUAUCGACGCAGGAGCAUGAACCUCAACAGCAGCAGCAACUCGCAGAAGAUGUUCAAACCGGUCCUCUGAAGCUCGAACACCUUCUCGCGAAGGGGUUCACCAAGAGAGAUCUCGAGCUCCUCAAAGAUGGGGGGUACCAGACUGUGGAGUGCGUCGCGUUUGCGCCCGUGAAGAAUUUGGUUGCCAUCAAGGGUCUGAGUGAGCAGAAGGUGGAGAAGCUGAAGAAGGCGAGCAAGGAGCUUUGCAACUUGGGCUUUUGCAGUGCCCAGGAGUAUCUGGAGGCGCGGGAGAAUCUGAUUCGCUUCACGACGGGGAGCGUCCAACUCGACAGUCUCCUCAAAGGCGGCAUCGAGACGGGCAAUCUGACGGAACUCUUUGGGGAAUUUCGCACCGGAAAGACGCAGCUCUGUCACACCUUGGCCGUCACGUGUCAGCUGCCGAUCGAGCAGGCCGGCGGAGAAGGCAAGUGUUUGUGGAUCGACACGGAGGGCACUUUCCGCCCCGAGAGAAUUGUGUCGAUUGCCAAGAGGUUCGGCCUGAACGCGAACGACUGUCUCGACAAUGUCGCGUACGCGCGAGCCUACAACUGUGACCACCAGAUGGAGCUGCUGAUGGAGGCGAGUGCGAUGAUGGCUGAGAGUCGGUUUGCGUUGUUGAUUGUGGACAGCGCGACUGCCUUGUAUCGCUCGGAGUACACAGGUCGCGGCGAGCUGGCGAGCAGGCAAACGCAUUUGUGUCGCUUUCUGCGGUGUCUACAACGGAUCGCCGACACCUACGGCGUGGCCGUCGUCGUCAGCAACCAAGUCGUCGCGAAAGUCGACAACAUGGGCGGCGGCAUGUUCGCUGGAAACGAGAAACUCCCGAUCGGAGGCAACAUCAUGGCGCAUGCGAGUCAGACGCGCCUCUACUUGCGGAAAGGCAGAGGCGAGAGCCGCAUCUGCAAAAUCUACGACAGCCCCAGUCUCGCGGAAGGCGAGGCCGUGUUCGCCAUCGGGGAAGGGGGCAUCGGGGACUACGAAGACAACUGA